CGGCGGUUCCCCCAGCAGGCUGCCUACCUGCGGCUCGCAGACGGAUGACAGCUGUAAACACGGCGCCGUGAGGAGGACUGAACUCAGAUGGCGAGAAGGAAAACGGCGGCGGCGGCCCGCUGCGGCCUGGUUCUGCUGAGCCUGUGGUUGUGUUCUGGCUCGGUUCCCAUCAACGUGGACAAGUCCCCGGACCCGCCGGAGCCGGAGGACCAGGACGCCCCCCGCAGCGCCGACACCGGGCUGCACUACGACCGCUACCUCCGGGAGGUGAUCGAGUACCUGGAGAAGGACCCGCACUUCCGGGAGAAGCUGAAGAACGCCAACAUGGACGACAUCAAGCAAGGCCGGCUGGCCAAGGAGCUGGACUUCGUCCUGCACAACUUCCGGAGCAAGCUGGACGAGCUGAAGCGGGAGGAGAUGGGCCGUCUGCGGAUGCUGAUCCGGGCCCGGCAGGACGUGCAGGGCGGCACCGGCCGGGCGGUCGACCACCAGGCCCUGCUGAGGCAGUUCCAGCACCUGAACCACAAGAACCCGGAUACGUUUGAGGUGGAGGACCUGGACCGGCUCAUCCAGUCGGCCACCAAGGACCUGGAGAACUACGACAGGGACCACCACGAGCAGUUCAAGAGGUACGAGAUGAUGAAGGAGCACGACCGGAGGGAAAAGCUGAGGAGCCUGAGCGAGGAGGAGCGCCGGAAGGAGGAGCAGCACUACGAGGAGAUGAGGAAGAAGCACGCCCAGCACCCCAAGGUCAACCACCCGGGGAGUCAGGACCAGCUGAAGGAGGUCUGGCAGGAAACUGAUGGUUUGGACCCCGAAGACUUUGAUCCCAAAACCUUUUUCAAAAUGCACGACAGCAACGGAGACGGCUUCCUGGACGAGAGCGAGCUGGAGGCUCUGUUCACCAAAGAGCUGGAGAAGGUGUACAACCCCAACAACGAGGAGGACGACAUGGUGGAGAUGGAGGAGGAGCGUCUGAGGAUGAGGGAGCACGUCCUGAACGAGGUGGACACCAACAAGGACCGGCUGGUCUCCCUCAGCGAGUUCCUGGCCGCCACCAAGAAGGAGGAGUUCAACGAGAAGGACGAGUGGGAGACCCUGGACCAGAACCCGGUCUACACGGAGGAGGAAAUGCGGCAGUACGAGCAGCAGCUGGCCGGAGAGGAGAGCAGCAUCAGGGAGAAGUCGGCCGAGCUGCAGAAGCAGCGGGACGAGCUGGACAGGAAGCAGCAGGAGCUGAACGCCCAGAGACUGGGCCUGCAGCAGAACCGGGACCUCCGGCGGCUCCGGGGGAACCAGCACCAGUGGUACCGGGACACAGCCAGCCGAUGCCGGCGGGCCUCCAGCAGCCGGACGUCCCGGUACCGAGACGCUCCUAGCAGGCCGACCCGGCCCGGUGUGAGUGCGUGUGUGCGUGUGCGUGCGUGUGCGUGUGCGUGUGCGUGUGCGUGUGUGUGUGUGUGUGUUGUGAGUGCUCGGGUUCAGUGCCAACCCCCGGGGCCCGCCGGCCCCCCGUUUGUGUGAUGAUGCUGCCUGUUACGGGAGAAGCUGAUUGUUGUUUCAGAAUAUGAAUGUGAGUCGAUCCUCCGGGUCUGUGAUGAUCCGGGUCUCAGAUCUUCCGGGUCUCAGAUCCUCCGGGUCUGUGAUGAUCCGGAUCUCAGAUCCUCCGGGUCUCAGAUCCUCCGGGUCUCAGAUCCUCCGGGUCUGUGAUGAUCCGGGUCUGUGAUGAUCCGGGUCUCAGAUCCUCCGGGUCUGUGAUGAUCCGGAUCUCAGAUCCUCCGGGUCUCAGAUCCUCCGGGUCUCAGAUCCUCCGGGUCUGUGAUGAUCCGGGUCUGUGAUGAUCCGGGUCUCAGAUCCUCCGGGUCUGUGAUGGUCCAGACCGGACAUCUGCAGAUGAAGUCGGCGUGUUUUUCCGUCCUGGUUUCUUUCAUACGCCUCUUGGCGUCUGAGUGACGUCAUGAGUGACGUCAUGAAGGGCGUCCCGUUGCUCCCGAUGAAGUUCUUUAUUUCUUUAUUUAUUCUAUAAGUAAAUACCUGAUUUGAAAAAGAAUAAUUAAAUAAACACAGGAAUGACUGAUAAAAUAGUUUACUCCUCUUUUUGAAGCGACUCUUGUUUGUUCCCCUUUUUCAGAACUUCCUGUACGAUGAAGUAAUUCCACAGUUUCACUGUUUGAAUGUUGAGAAUAAAAUGAAUUUGCAAGUUUAA